AUGUCAAAGACCACGCGUGCGUGAAAAGGAGAAUAACACACUAUACGGUCGUUCAGAAUCACGUAGUACUAUGAGUAUUUCCGUUGAGAAUGUGUUAGGGUUAUGGCUCUGGCUUUCCGAUUGACUCGCUGCUGUUACUAGCCACUGACGUAGCCAUAGGAGUGUUAUUGGAACCCAGUGCUGGCAGAAACACCGAGCAUCCAUUCCAUUACAUAGAUCGUCAUCUUGUUGCGAACAGUGUCCGAAUUCAUUAUCAGAUCGUUAACUCACUGCUAAUCACAGCAGAUAAUUUGAUCUGUCGUAUACCAGACUUCCAAAUAUUAUUAGAGUGCUUGUUAUCAACCCAAAUCUGUGGUCUCACAAGGCGUGCGGUGUGCGCGUUAAAAAAAACCAAACAUUACAAUUCCCCGAGGGAACUGAACGUCGUGUUUUUGAGGUGUCACUGCUGAAUCAGUGGUCAUGACGGUGUACUUGCUGGUGUUACUCGCUGUUUUUGGUGGAGCGAUGGCAGAUACCAACAACACCAAACCACAAGCGAUGGUGGUUCUGCCCUUGACGGCCAGCACUGGUCGAUUUAACAAAGUGUAUGCAGCUAUUGACGUAACGGUAUACGAGGCAAACAUCCCCAACGUGUGGGCACCAACCAAAGAAUUAGUGCUUGUUGUCAUGAACGUAACUGAUGCGCCAAGCGAGGAGACGGCGAUUAUCCUUGACGGCGAUUCCGAUGAACCGACUCGAUUUGGCAGUCGAGUAAUCGGUUUGGAAGUGAUCACUGCAAGUGGAGGAAAGAUUUCGGCAGACUUUGACGAGACACCCAUUGAAGUCACCUUUCCACGUCUAGAGUUUCUCUCAGAGGAAAACAUCGUGUGUGCCAACCAACCAGCCGACAAAAUGAAAUGGUAUACCAAAGGUUGUCGAGUGUCUAGCGUCACGAACGAUGACGUCACCUGUAGCUGUGGUUUCUUAGCCAAUUAUGCCCUGCUAUUGCAACCAAAUAAGGAGGCUAACACUCCAGGGAUGGACCUUCUAACACCGUUCGGCCUGGUUCUAUCCUUUGCAACUCUCUGCGUAGUCCUGCUGGCUUACAGGUUCUCUCGAUCAACCAGCUGUCGUACUGUGACCCACGCAAGUCUAUCGUUGGCAAUGGUGGCAUUAUACUCGACGGUCUUUUUCCGGGACGAUGAAAAUCCGGUUAUCAGCACCACCGUCGCCAUCUUGUUUCACUUCUUUUUGCAAGCUACUUUCAUUUGGAUGGCACUAGCGGGCGCUCUCUUUUAUCUGACGUCACACGAUGAGCACACAUCUACCUCACGGAUCCGACCACGUGCAUUAUUGCUGAUAGGCUGGGGGUGCGCUGCAGUGGGGGCGGUUGCUUCAGUGGCAGUUGGUCUUUGUGGUUGUGCAACAAGCACAGGAAGCUGCUGGUUGUCUAGUGAUGAUGUCUUUGUCUGGCAACUCAUGGGUCCUAUUGUAUACAUGUUUGCUAUCAAGGCCUUGAUAACCUGUCGGUUGACCGGGGGAAUGGGAUGGAAAGAGAGAAAACUGAACAGCCAAGAGACGGUCCAAAUAAGAUCAGGACUACGGAUGGUCGUCGUACUCGAGCCGUUCGUUUGUUUGUUGUGGAUCCUGGGUCUUUCCUACUCUACUGAUGGCAACAUAUUUUUAGCUCAUGCCUUCGUGACCUUGAAUAGCCUACAGGGUCUCUUCGUGUUUUGCACCAGCUGUUUGAUGGAAGAUGACGUUUCUGAGGAAUUAAACGCGACAAGGGACUCGAGCACAGAAUCAAUUGAGAAAUGAAACAUUCCACGUGCUGCAGCCACGAGGAAGAGAGCGUGUUAGCCUACGUGCGAGCACUCCGGAAUUAAGUGCCUUAGACAGAUGGUCUUGAGACAAGAGAAUUUGGUUAUUGCAAUUAACUCUACCUUAUGUAUCAGUUAGUUACACGUAUCUCUUUAAGACGCCUCUUAGAGGCCCCGUAUGAGCUUGUACCAUCAACACCUGUAUGUAAAUAUCAGUAUAUACAGGGUGAGUCAAAAAAAGCGGAACCAAAACCCCCCAAAAUAUAUUUCAUAUAUAAAAAAAUA